AGAUUGCACAUGUAUUUUCAUAUGUCAACAUGGAAGCUGCAAGAUUUGCCGCGAGGCGGCGCAAUUAUCCCCGCGUGAGGAGAGAUGACCGGUCUGAUUUCAUACAAAUUCAAGGUUCAAUGAGGUGGAAAGAACCUGACCAACACACAUGAGUGGUCUCUAACAUCCCUGGGUAUCAAAGAGCAAAUAAAAGGGGGUGUGGAUGUCGUGACCACCAUCAAAUCUUUAGCUUGUCUACAAGUGACAAUACAAAGAAAAAGGAAAUGGAGAGCGUUGAAGAUUUUGAAAUUAAUGUGGACAAAAUUGAAGAUACUGAUGGCAACGACAGUGGUAUUUGUGAUCUGGACUUAUCUACUGACUCUUCCAACAAUUCCAGUUUUCAGACACCGCCGUCAAAAUCUCGGGUUCCUGAAGAUAUUCGUCUUCGAGUGAAUAGUCGGGAACGAGAGAGAAUGCACAACCUGAACGCGGCACUGGACAGUUUGAGACAAGUGCUUCCGUACUCUAAUGGUCCAACGGUUAAGAAAUUGUCCAAAAUGUCAACUCUUCUCUUGGCAAGAAACUAUGUCAUGGCUCUUACCAAAUCACUAGAGGAACUGAAAAAAAUGGUGAACGAUCUUUCAAGCAAAGGACAACAGAAUGCGCAAUUAAAAGAUAUUUCUAGACUAUCGAGAGCGGAGAUGGCGGGCCAACAUCGGGUUCGAACACCUUAUUCACGGACUGAAAUGUUUCCAAAGUCAAGAUAUUCACCUUAUCAGACAAAAUCCUCUCGCCGACAGUUAGGCGACAUACUUCCAACGUCACAUUCCAAUAUUAACCACUCAGGAAUCCCGGAAUGCCCUGUGCCUCUUGCAGAAAUUGCCAAUGUGCACAAUUUGCAGAAAACGGUGGAGAAACCAAAACUUAGUUUUUCCGUAGAAUCGCUCUUGGAGAAACCGACGAAGAAAGAGGACAACCGACCUAUUUCAUACCAAGACACAGAAGAUAAUUCCUCAAGGGUUUGGAGCGCGGGUGUGUUUGGGGCGCUUCCUCACGUUCAACCCAACCCUUACAGUUAUCACCACGUGCACUCGCUUUCAUAUCCGUAUCAACAGAGUGGACUAACAUUCAUGUGA